CGUUGCGCAUGCGAUUAUCUGUACACGUGGGGAAUGCAUCGCUGAAUACGAUGGAAGAAAUAAGUUCCAUUGCAGUGGUCAGUCCCAGCAUACUUGAAGGCAAGAAGAAAAAGCUAAAAGGAACCCCAAAAAGUAUCAAGAAACAGAAAGCACCAGAUGUUGAAGUCAGAGAGACACCAGAAGGAGAUAUUACAAGGAAGAAAAGCAAAGGGAAUUUGUUUAAGAAUACAAACUUUCCAACUGACAAUACAGUUACAAAAAGUGGUAAAAAGAAACAGACUAAAUCACCAGACACUGUCUCAGUAAAAAAUAAUAAACAGAAACUAAAAGUCACCCCUGAGAAGAGAAAAAGUGAUACAAGUUAUGAUGGUGAUGAUGAUGGGAGUACAAAAAGUACCCCAAAGAGGGUGAAAUUCACCCCUGGGAAGCACAGUACCCCACAGGAGACCCCCAAUGACGUGACAAAAUCAACACAAAAAUCUGUUAAACAAAAAAGGACUAAAAAGAAAGCCAAUGUCAGUUUAAAAAGUGAUAAGACUGGCGAUGGUAGUAGCACUGUAUCAGAGCCCUCUGGUGUGAAUACAUGGGCCGAGGCUCUUGAAAGGGCACAGAAUCAAGAAACUGAUGUCAGUUGGGAGCAGGCUGUGGCUAAAGCUAGGGGGAAACCUGAUGGAGUAGGGGAAGGAGAGGCAGAGAAAGUUGGUGCUGGGAAGAGCAAUAGCAGAGAAAAUGUCUCGGAGAAAGGGCAGAAGAAGGUUGAAUUUGAGAAGAAAAGUAAAAAGGAAUUUGGAAGCAAGCAGGUGAUGAAACUUGCAGGCAAGACACUCAAGACACUGACUGGUAAAGCGGCAAAAGAAAAAGAAAACAAAAAUUCUAAUAAAAGGAAAAGGGAAAGUGAUGCAGCUGGGAAAAAGGAAGAUGAUAAGACAAAGAAGCCCAAACUGGAGGAAAUGUCAAAGAAAGAUAGAAAGAAAGUAAGGAAAAUGCAACGGACAAAUUUUGAAGUUAUUCAGCAGACCAAAAAGAUAUGGGAGUCCUUAAGAAGACAUGAUUUGAAAGCUGAAGAAAAAACAAAGCUAUGUCAAGAGCUGAUGAAUAUGGUGCGUGGAAAGGUCAAAGAGCUGGUGUUUGCGCAUGAUACAGCCAGGGUGAUUCAGUGUCUCAUGAAGAAUGGCAGCCAGGAACAAAGAACUGAAUUAUUUGAAGAGCUGAAAGAUGAUUUAGUGGAACUUUGUAAAACCAAAUACUCCAGCUUCUUUGUAAAGAAAGUUUUGAAAUAUGGAACUAAAGCCCAGAAAAAUGCAGUGUUUAAAGCCUUUCACGGAAAUGUUAGGAAGAUAGUGAGACACACUGUGGCAGCAGCUGUACUGGAAUAUGGUUAUAAUGAAUAUGCUACAGCAGCUCAGAGAUCCGCUCUGAUGGAAGAGUUUUAUGGUCCAAGCUUUGCCUUGUUCAAGUCCCCAAAUGUCACAACUUUAGAGCAGAUUCUCAAGGAACAGCCCACGAGGAGAGACAUGAUCCUAAGCAACAUGAAGGAGGCCAUUACACCUCUAGUAGAUAAAACUGUGUUGAGCCAUACCAUUGUCCACAGGGCUUUUUUUGAGUACUUCACAUAUGCAUCAAACAAGGCCAGGAUGGACAUGAUUGAGCUCCUAAGAGAGAACAUCGUCCACAUGGUGCACACGCGAGAUGGGUCCAGGGUGGCUAUGUACUGUAUUUGGUAUGGGACUGCUAAGGACCGCAAGGUGAUAAUCAAGUCUUUCAAGGGCCAUGUUGUGAAGUUGUGUAAGGAGGAAUAUGGACACAUGGUGAUGCUGGCUUUGUUUGAUGCUGUAGAUGAUACCAAGUUGAUGGAGAAAGCAGUUUUACAGGAAAUGUUGAAAUCUCUGUAUGAAGUUUGCUUUGACCAGUAUGGACUGAAGGUUUUGCUGUACCUGCUCAGUCCCAGGGAUCAAGUGUAUUUCCACCCCGAUGUGAUCAAGGUAUUGGAGCUGGGAGAUGCCAACCCUAACAGUAAAAAAGACGCGGCUGUGAGAAGGAAAGAGUUGUUGAGUGCUGUGUCCAGCCCUCUGCUUCAGUUCAUAGUGGAUCAUACCAAGGAACUGGUGAUGAGCAACUCUAGGCUGCUGCUUAUAUUGGAUAUCCUGACCCAUGCUGAAGGUGACCCCACUGCAGCAAUGGAGGCCAUUUGCAAAAUUGCCGCUGAGCCAUUUGUGAGUGGAAGUCUUGAGAACUUUCACAUUAUUGAGCACCCAGCAGGUCACAUGACUCUAAAGAAGCUGAUCAAAAAUGAUGCGGAGAGGAUGAAACAGAAUGAAAAAGUGCUGUUUACAGACAUACUUCUGAGAACCGUGUCUGAGAGUUCACUGAAGUCCUGGGCAGCUUGUAACAGGGGAUGCUUUAUUUUGAUAACCAUUUUAGAAUUGAACAAUGAAAAGAUGUCUGCAGAAGUGAAGAAACGGUUAACCUCCGUUAAGAAGUCACUGGGUAAGAUGGAGUUCAAGGGGGCACAGAUUCUACAGAGCAAACUAAACGAAGCAUGAAGAAAAUUAUAUAUAUAUAUAUAUAUGCGUAUAUCACAGUGGAAUUUGACCGCCCUGGUUCCAUCUGAUUAUGACCAAUGGCAGUUUGGUGCUUAAUGUCACAAUCUUUGUAUUCCAGUAGAAGUUGUACUUUGAAAUUUACAUACAGUACCAUUUUCAUUUUAAAUACAGGUAAAUACAGUUGUUAAGAUGAUUGUCUUAUGAUUUAUCAAGAACUGAAAGUAGGCUUGUGGGGCAAAAGUUCAUGUUGCCUGUCACUUUGAAAUGUUAGAGGAAAUCUAAACAAAUUUGAGGCAAGAUCACUUUUCAAUUGCGUAAUUACAAUUUAAGUGAACUGCUUGAAGAGACUGGCUCAAAAUUAUGCAUUAAUUUCAUUUACAUGGACUUGAUAAUUAUAUUCAUUGUGUAGGUCUU